AAUUCCCAUGCCCUGAGUAGCCACCUCCCCUUGUCAUUCAGUCUACGACUUCAUUGCGCAUCAGAUAGCAACAGCCAUCGCCUCGUGACAUCCGUCAUUGCUGCCCCAGGGACCGCACGCAUGCCCAACAGGCGGGAGAUUCUUGAGGUACACCCGGAAUUAUCAUCUCUAGGGCCUUCACCAUGAGCGUGAUACUGGAGACGUCUCUGGGCGAAAUUGUUAUCGAUCUCUUGGUUGACAACGCACCCAAAUGCUGUGAGAACUUCUUGAAACUCUGCAAAAUCAAGUAUUACAACUUCUCCCCGUUCCACAGCGUCCAGAAAGGCUUUAGCUGUCAGACUGGAGAUCCACUCGGUCCAGAUUCACCCGACAGUGAUGGCGGCAGUUCUAUCUGGGGCUUGCUAUCAGGCCCCUCGAAGAAGAGUUUCAUAGCCAACAUCGACCCGAAGCUGAAACAUUCCCAGCGUGGGACAGUCAGUAUGGCCACUGUGCCCUCGCCCCGCGACCCUGAUGAGCGACUCGCCGGCAGCCAGUUCAUCAUCACUCUCGGAGACGACAUUGACUACUUGGAUGGAAAGGCCGCGCCUUUUGGCAUGGUAGUCGAAGGUUUCGAUACUCUAGACAAGAUCAACAGUGCCUUCACAGAUGCCAAUGGCAGACCCCUCAGGGACAUCCGGAUCCGGCACACCAUCAUAUUGGAAGAUCCCUAUGACGACCCCCCAGGGCUGGUUGUCCCUGACUCAAGUCCUGCCCCGACCAAGGCACAAUUGGCAACUGUUAUGAUCGCCGACGAUGAAGAACUAGACGAGGAAGUGGAUGAGGCUGCUAUGGAGAAGCUGCGAAGAGAACGAGAGGCAAGGGCACAGGCUCUAACUCUCGAAAUGGUUGGUGACCUCCCUUUUGCUGAGGUGAAGCCUCCUGAAAAUGUUCUUUUUGUCUGCAAACUGAAUCCCGUUACGAAUGAUGAAGAUCUCGAGUUGAUCUUCAGCCGCUUUGGCAAAAUCCUUUCUUGCGAGGUCAUCAGGGACAAACGCACUGGUGACAGCCUGCAGUACGCCUUCAUUGAGUUCGAGAAUCAAAAGGACUGUGAGCAAGCCUACUUCAAGAUGCAAGGUGUGCUCAUCGACGACCAUCGCAUCCACGUGGACUUCUCCCAGAGCGUCUCUAAGUUGUCUGACACCUGGAGAGACGCAACGAACUCGAAGAGAGCAAGGCAAUCUGGAGGUUUUGGUGGGAUUGCAAGCCUCGAGAAGCGACGGCAUUAUCGAGAGGACGGUGGCCGUGGGCAAAAUGGCGGCAACUACAGAAUGGUCUUUGACAAAGAUGACAUUCGCCGAAACAGAGAGCCCCGACGAGAAGAGGGAUCGCGAAGAUCUCGCAGCAGAAGCCCAAGAUAUGACAGCAAAGAAUCCAGACGGGAUGAAUACCGACCUAGAGAUCAGGAUAAACACGACCACAGGGAUCGUCGGGAAAGGCAUCAAUAUCGUGACAGAGAUCGGGAUAGAGACAGAGAUGGUGACAGAGACGGAGGAGGGCGAGGACAGUCGUAUCGCUCAGGUUCCUGGAGGGACAGAGACCGCUGAUCUGAGAGACCGUAGGGUACAUUGAUGCCUGUACAACAAUUGCUAGCUGGCUCCUUCCAUACUGCAAACAUCGUUCAUGCGUAAACGUGGAUGAUUGGACUGUAUUGUGGCCAUGCAUAGUAUAUCUCGUCGGUUGAAACCUUGUCAUACGUCACCACGAGGCUGAGGUGAUUUUGGAGAGGGCGAAGGAUGCGGAGAUGUUUUGGAAACUGUUGUCUCACCGCG